AUGGCAACGUGGACAAAAGAAGCUGUUCAAAUUUUAAUUGAUGCAUAUAAGAAUGAGCCUUGUUUAUAUCAAACGAGAAACCCAAAUUAUCACAAUAAAAAUCUACGUAAUGAAGCAUUGGAACGCAUUUGUGCAAUUGUCAGUACUGUCAAACCAAAUAUAACGGGAAAAGAAUGCAGUAGUGAAAAUGUGUAUAAACCUAAUUUAUGGUAUUACGAUGCUUUAAAAUUUCUGGAAGAACAUAUAGUUCCCAGAAAAAGUAAGAACUCACAUCUACCAAAUAGUACAAAAGAUACACCUGGUUUUUUGUUACACCAUGAUUAUGUACAAACAUCACAAGACUUAGAAGAAUUGCAAGAAAUGUUGGUUGAAGAUAAUAAUGUCUAUGUACAUGAAGAGGAUUUAAAUAAUAAUAAUGAAGAAUCACAAUCAUGUGCAUCUUCAUCAUCUGAUAACAUAAUUGCUACAACACCAUCGAUUUUAAAACAAAAAAAAAUGCAAUCAAGAUCUUUACCAUUUACUGAUUUAUUUAAUAUAAAUACGUCAAGUCCAUCAACAUCAUGUUCUGUACAAUCAUCGCCAAAUGUUGGUAAUGCAUUACAAUCUUCAUCCACUACUCAUAAUCCUAAGAAGCAAAAAAUAAAAAAUGGGGAUGCUUAUGUAGAGGCAGUUGAAUCGAUUGCACAAUCUUUAAAGAUGCCAUUAACACCAGUUACACCAGUUAAUGUUGCAACUGAUAGUACAGACCCUGUAGAUACAUGUAUGAAUUUUUUGGAUCCCUUAUUAAAAAUAUACGAACUCCAGAUCUCAAAUUAGAUAUUAUGAACACUUUGGUACAAACUGUUGUUAAUGCUAGUCUAACAGACUUAGAAC